CGAGCCAACCACGAACUAGCUACGUCACUUAUUUGAUUGAGCCGGUAACUGGUAGCCAACCUUCAAUGUUCUUUACGUUCACUCUUCUAGCCCCUACCUCCAUAAUAUACCUCCAUAAUACAAUAUCGUUGAUCUGUUGAACUUAUAUGUGCUUGGAUACGUAUGACAUCGGAAGUAUCUAGGUUACUGGGUAACGUAUAUCGAAUUCGACCCAUUUAGCGUUGUUCUUCUUUACUUACUGCAUUGCCGCACUCCCUCAGUCUCAGUGUCUUCGUACGCGUCUGGUCUCAUGGCUGCAUCGUCACGCGCGACACUCAUUUGAGCCCCUCUACAAUAACACUAUCGUUUGGCGUAUUUUCUACCAUCUCAGUUGGGGACUUUUUAUAAUAAAAUAUCGAUAUCGAGCAAACGCCGAUUUAUGCCCAUUAGAUAGAUACCUAAUAGCUUUGAAUUCUCAUCUAGGUUUGAUUGAAUGCAUCGCGACAAUGCCUUCUAUCGAUAACUUCCAAUCCUCACCCUUUCUCAAUGAGAGCCCCACGGAAGUCCACCACAGCUCUGAACUUCACGUGGAUUUACAUAUUACCAGUUCUAACUUAACUCUCAAUUCAUUAAACCUUUCCGAGACAGAAGUUCAGCCAAAGCAGAUUCCUGAUUGGAGCAACCUCAAAGUCAUCCACCGGAAUACUCUUGCGCCGCGAAGCCAUUUUCAUCUUUACAACACCGAAAAAGAUGCACUCUCUGGUGACGUAGGCCGCUCUAGAGCUACGCUGCUAUCCGGCACGUGGGGAUUUGAGCUCUCGCCCGGGCCCUUCAAUGGGUCCCAGGAAUUCUACAAGUCCGACUUUGACCAUACCGAGUGGAAACUCAUCAAAGUGCCAGGAAUGUGGCAACUUCAAGGUUUUGGCAAGGGACCGCAAUAUACUAACGUCAACUACCCCUUUCCGGUAGACCCUCCGAACGUCCCAUAUGACGAUAAUGAAUGUGGGCGCUAUAUCAAACGAUUUACUGUUCCUGAUACCCUCAAAGACGGAGACCAGUGGCGCCUACGAUUCGAAGGCGUUGAUGCAGCUUUUACGGUCUGGUUGAACGGUAAAGAGGUUGGCUAUUCACAAGGUUCUAGAAAUCCGAGCGAGUUCGAUGUGUCAGCAUUUCUGAACCUCGAGUCGGAUGCCGAAAACACCCUUUGUGUGGAGGUUUACCAGCGAUGUGAUGGAAGCUACAUUGAGGACCAGGACCAAUGGUGGCUUAGCGGUAUCUUUAGGGACGUCUGGCUACAUUCAUUCACUUCGGCCCAUUUUGAAGACUUUCACAUUCAAACCAUCCUCGACGAUGAUUUCAAGGAUGCUUUGCUGACAGUCGAUACCAAAUUGAACAAGCCUGGUGAAACCAUCACCUCCAAACUGCUUGACAGAGAUGGUAAUGUGGUAUUCUCUAACUCGUAUAAGUCCGAGGACAAGUCGUAUAAGAGUGAACACAAAAUCAAGAACCCAGAGAAAUGGACGGCGGAAACUCCUUAUUUGUAUACCCUUGUGCUCUCUGUCGGGUCUGUUUACAUUGCCCAAAAGGUUGGAUUCCGAAGGGCUGAGCUUAUUGAUGGUGUUUUUUGUGUCAAUGGCAGCCCAGUCAAGAUUCGCGGGGUAAAUCGCCACGAACACAACUUGGAAUCAGGGAGAACCGUUCCGUACGCAAGCCUCCGAUGGGACCUCCAAUCGAUGAAGGUGUUUAAUAUCAACGCUGUUCGCACCUCCCAUUAUAUAAACGACCCUAGAUUCUAUGAUCUCACAGAUGAAAUUGGUCUUUGGGUGCUAGACGAAGCAGACCUUGAAUGUCAUGGAUUUGGCGAAGUUGGCGGUGACCCAGCGAGUUUUGCGUCUGAUAAUCCCGAAUGGAAAGAGGCGUACGUGGAUCGUGCAGUGCAGAUGGUAAUGAGAGACAAGAACCGUCCGUCCGUCAUCAUGUGGUCUCUUGGAAACGAAGCGUUCUAUGGGAGGAAUCAUCAGGCAAUGUAUGAUGCCAUUAGAGAAAUCGAUACAACGCGUCUUAUACAUUACGAGGGCGACCAAAAUGCGCAGACGGCAGACAUAUUCAGUCGCAUGUACACGCCUGUUGACGAAAUGAUCAAGCAUGCGGAAGAAAAGGACUGGAAGAAACCUUUCAUCAUGUGCGAGUUUGCGCAUGCUAUGGGUAAUGGUCCUGGCGCAGUACGAGAGUAUGUUGAAGCAUUCUACAAGUACCCCCGAUUAAUAGGGGGGUUUGUAUGGGAGUGGAAUAAUCACGGGCUCGUCGCAGAGACGAAAGACGGCGAGAAGUACAUUGGUUACGGCGGUGAUUUUCAACCUGAUGAGCCUAAUGAUGGUAACUUCGUGAUGGACGGACUUUGUGACUCACAGCAUAAUCCGGGCCCAGGGAUCAAUGAGUACAGCAAAGCUAUCGAGCCAGUCCAAAUACUUGGUAUAAAUGGCCGUGAAGUUACAAUUGCAAAUCGAUACGACUUCCUAACUCUGGACCACCUGAAGUGUUACUGGGAAAUUAUUUCCGAUCGUCAGCAGAUGAUCGGGCAGGGCAUUCGUAUCCCUCCAGGAGUCAAGCCCCACGAGAAAGCGACCUUGAUACUCGGUGACACGCCAAUGACUAUGGCCGCAGACACGUGGUUGCAGCUAGAGUUUAUCACCGGGGAAAACAGCAAAUGGACGUCUCCCGGUCGAGUAGUAGCUCGAGGCCAGGUUGCUCUCACUCCACCCAAGUCUCUCCAAUUACUCAAAACCCUUUCUGCACCCGGCCGCCCGCAUCUUCAGCGCAGGGGAAAUAUGAUCUACAUCACCAUCUCCAAAGGAACCAUUUUCGGCUUCGAUACAGGCAAUGGCACCUUAUCAUCCAUAAGCCACACUUCGAAGCCAGACCACAACCUCAUCACUGUCCCCUUCGCCCUCGACUUCUAUCGAGCUCUCACCGACAACGACCGAGGCGGUCCCCACGGUAAGGAGUGGAUCGAGAAGAGGGUUCACCAGACCCGAAAUCACUUCUCAAAAAUCACCACGACGGAAACCGAAGAUGGCGUCACCAUCGUCGUAGAGGGGCGCGUAGCACCCCCUGUCCUCGCCUGGAGCGUCCAAACCACGACAACCUAUACAAUCACAUCCGCCUACUGCAGCAUCCGCAUCCAAGCCAAGCCGCAGGGCGCCCUCCUCCCUUCCACCUUCGCCCGCUUCGGGCUCUCCUUCGGCGUCCGCGACGUUCACAUCGUCGAGUGGUUCGGGCGCGGGCCCUGGGAGUCGUACUCGGACAAGAAACAAGCCCAACUGAUCAACACCUGGGGCUGGGCCGCCGACACCCUCUUCCACGAGUACGAGUUCCCGCAAGACAGCGGCAACCGCACCGACGUGCGCUGGGUCGAGCUGCGCACCCGCUGGGGCGGCGAGGAGCAGUACCCCGAUCGUCUGCUGCGCGCGCGCUUUGGGCACAAUGCUAACGCUGGUAACGGCGCUAGCUUCAGCGUUACUCCGUACGCUACGCGCGACGUCGAUGAGUGCGGGCACGCGCACGAGCUGAGGAAGCGGAAGCGGGAUGAUCAUAUUGUGAAGCUCGAUUGGUAUCACCAUGGGCUUGGCACCGGCAGCUGUGGUCCCGCUACGUUGCCGAAGUAUCAGUUGAGGACGGAUCGCGAGUUUGAUGUUGAGUUGUUGCUGGAUUAGAUUUUGCCCUGGUAGGGUAGGGCACCUAAUUUAAUAUCUAUGAAGUAAUAGGUAGAGAGGUACGUAUGGUUCGAAUCGUGCAAUACAUGUAUAUCAAGGCAUGUAGCCGUCAUGGUAUACAGCACUGUACUAGUUAGCAGGUAGAAUGUAAUUUCAGUGCCUUAGAGACCUAUUUCUACAUCACCAAUUCAUAUCCAUUUUACUCCAA